AUGAUUUUCUUCAGCAGCAUAUGCAACAAUGCAGUCGAUUCUGCCAGUGUGACCUCAUUGGAAUUUCCAGUCUGGAUUGUUCAAAUCAGUACAGAUCCAAGCCAGUGCAAAACACUGCCCUCUAUAGAGUACAUUGAAUUACAGACUGUCAAAUGUUCCUAUACGUUGCUAUGCAGUCUACUCAGCAGUCUGCUGACACUUGAUCAUAAGGUGAAGUUUGAGCUGAUUGACUGUGAAAUAACGUCGUGCGUAAAGGGUGCAGUCAGCAUAUUAUUUAAUACUGGCAAUGUAAUAAUAAGAACAGAAAAUGAAAAAAUAGCAGUGUCCUUACUUGAUGACAAAUUGUUGAAUGCCCUCAAUGGUCUGAAUAUCAAUAGUCUGAGUCUGGAUGAUCGUUGUAAAGCUUUUCGAGAAAAUCAUAAAGAGUCGUUGUCUCAGACGCUUGUAUUGCUCUUACAGCUGGACAAACUUAGUAUAUCAGUGCUGGAUAGCACACCUGAUCAGUGGAAGACUCUUCACGGUUUGAAUAUUAAGAGUCUGAGUCUACGUAUGAUAGAAGUGAAUCAUGCAGAGUCGUUGUCUCAGUCGUUAUCCUCGCUUAAACAGCUAGAAAUGCUUAGUAUUGAAGUGUUUGAUGACACACCUGAUCAGUGGAAGACUCUUCACGGUUUGAAUAUUAAGAGUCUGAUUCUACGUAUGAGAGAAGUGAAUCAUGCAGAGUUGUUGUCUCAGUCGUUAGCCUCGCUUAAACAGUUAGAAAUGCUUAGUAUUGAUGUGGACAAUGGCAAUCGUGCUCCGUGGGAGGCUCUUCAUGGUUUAGGUAUCAAGAGUCUGAGUCUGAGUGGCAUCUGGAGUGGUUUUGACCAUGGUUUGACAGUGAAUAAUGCGAAGUCUCUGAAGCAGUCGAUAUUAUCGCUCAAACAGCUGGAAACACUUAAUGUUGAUGUGUAUGAAGACACUCCUGGUUUGUGGGAGGCUCUCCAGGGUCUGAGUAUCAAGAGUCUGAGUCUGAGUGGCCAAAUUAUUGAAUUUAAGAAUGCGACGUCUCUGAAGAAGUCGAUAUCAUCGCUUAAACAGCUGGAAACACUUGAUGUUAGUGUGAUAGAAGAAUAUUCGAACACUGUUCUGUGGGAGGCUAUCCAGGGUCUUAGUAUAAAGAGUCUGAGGCUGAGUUGCUUCAAUGUAAAUUUUGAAGAGAAGUAUGCGACGUCUCUGAAACAGUUGAUAGUAUCGCUCAAAGAGCUGAAUACACUAACUGUUGAUGUGAAUGCACACAAUCCUAAUAUGUGGGUGGUUUUCCAGAGUCUGAAUAUCAAGAGUCUGAGUUUGAAUCUGAGUAAGAAUGGAGGAUUUGGAGUGAAGUAUGCGACGUCUCUGAAGCAGUCGAUAUUAUCGCUCAAAGAGCUGGACACAAUAAGUAUUAGUGUGGAUUACGACGGUCCUGGUCUGUGGGAGGCUCUCCAUAGUCCGAGUAUCAAGAGUCUGAGACUGCGAGGUAUUGAUGGAGGUUUUGAAAGGAAGUAUGCGGAGUCUUUGGAACAGUGGCUGUCAUCGCUCACAAAGCUAGACCCACUUAAUAUUAGGAGUAUGAGUAUGAGUUUGGGUAGCAAGUAAAGAGAUUGUAAUCUAAAGUAUGCGAGUCUAUUAAGAAUUCGCUAUUACCGCUCACACAGCUGGACACACUUAGUAUUAUCGACAGCCCUGGCCUGUGUGAGGUUCUGAAUGGUCUGCACAUCAAGAGACUGAGUCUUAGUGGCGAAAAGAGAGGUUUGAGAGUGGAUCAUGCAAUGUCGUUGUCUCAGUCGCUAUCAUCACUUACUCAGCUUGAGACGCUUACACUACAUUUGAAUACAUACAUUGCGCUGCAGGUACCACGAUCAUUGAAGUAUUUGAAUAUCUACUCUAACAAAUUGCUUCCCUCGGAAUUACGGGACCUUGUGAGCAGACUGGCAACAUGUCCGCAUGCAAUUGAUAUUGAGCUAGAAAUUGGUUGUGCUUCAAGUAUUGAUACUCCAGAACGAAUCCUACUACAGGAAUACAUUCUAGUUCAACAGGAUCUGGUUUCUCGGCCGAAUGUUGUAGUUAAAAAAUUCCGAACAUAUGAAUCUGAAUCUAAUUCUACGAUGCCGGUACAUUGCAUUGGUGGUGUUGAUAACCCUGCUCACUGUGACUUAAGCAUUAAAGAUUAUGCAUAUGACAUAUUUGCUAAAUUAAUGGAAAGAUUCAAAUAUAGUCGAAUUUCAAUUGGACUUCAUAUAAAUCCAGAUUCAUUCUUAUAAAUAAGCGUGUGUUGUUGUUUGACAUUUAAUUAAUAAAAACAUAGUGUUAUUUAAUCGUUAUAGUGUUUAUAAUACUUUGUAAAAAUCAAAACUUAUUUUACAUUAUGUGUACACUGAUGUUGUGUUUGUUCUAUUCAUGCACUUUAGCUAUAACAUUAUGCAAGGUGUGUUGUUGCAUUUCCGACAAGUGUUAUUUGGCAAGCAAAUAUAUUGGAAACAACAAUGUUUCUAUUUUAUAACGAUCUGAACUUAUUUGUAUUAAGUCAAAUGACACGUAUAUGAUUCUGUUCCACAAGUCUUUAAAAGAGAUACAUUCGCCGGAGUUUUUCUGUAACAAUAAUGGCCCCUUAAAAUGAACAAAAUGACGGAAAUUUCGCUCCUAAAUAGUAAACUAUUUGAUAUGUAUUUAUUAAAAUCAAGAUAAAUAGGCAGCGAUUCUUCGUGUCUCACUACUAAACGCAAUAAAACGGCAUAAUCACAUUACGUAUAUAUUUUGUGUAAAUGUUAUGUUAUAUGUUUUAAUUUAACGCAUGUCUUUGUUUUCAUGCAGUAAACAAUUUCAAACACGGUGUUACAAUUUAAGUAGUGCGCGUUGAAGCAUGAGUAUUUAGCUGUACACUAUUCAUUACGUUGACUUUACCUAUAAAGAGUGCAUGGCAUCAUCGUUUCGAUUGUCUUCCUUUCUAUAGACUUCAAGACACUCGGAUUAUUGAAAUACAUAUAAAGUAUUUUUAUUUGCGUUUUUGCACAGUGCGUGUCAAAUCCAAAACUUUGAAGAGUCUGGCUGUUUUUCCUGUUUUGCCAUGUCUGUACGUGACAUUGUUGGCGUUGAUGACACUGCCCAUGAUGACCUUAGCGUUAAAGAUGAUGUUUGUUAAGGAUUCUUUGAUUGUAUGAAUGACAUAAAAAUUAAUUGACUUUGUAUACGUCCAGACUCAAUGUCAUAAAUGCGUUUACAUGUGUAUGCUGUUGUUAGGCAUUGUAUUAGUAUAAAGCGAUUGUUUUUAAUGUCCUGAAGUGCAUGUGGCACUUUGUAAACAUCAAAAAUGUGUUGACACUAUGUGUCAAAAAUAUAUGUUGUUUUUGUUUCACACAUGAAAUUAAGCUAAAGCAUUAUGCUUUCAUACUAAGGCGUUGAAUAUACCACUUGUGUUUUUUGACAAAACAAUAGAGUAGACAAAUAAUAUUUCGAUUUUAAAAUGAUCUCAGUCCAAUUUGUAGUGACAUUCAAUGACAAAUUUAUAUUUUUAAUAUACAUCCAUCUUUAAAAGAUACACAUUCGCACGAGCUUUGCUGUUCAAUUGAUGGAAUGUUUUAAUAAACAAAAUCAUGUCAAUUUAGCUCCGAAAUUGUUAAUAACUUCAGAUUCAUGAGUUUAAAUACAUGAAAAAAGAUUAGGCGAUGUUUCUUUUUGCUACAGAGCAAGUGUCACACUACUAAACGCAAUAAGACUAUUUAUUACAUUGAGUUAACGUUUUGUGUACAUGGUAUUAAUGUGUACAUAGCUUAAUUCAAUGCUAUCUUUUGUGUUGAGGAAUUAUAUAAUUUAAGAGUUUGAUUCAGUUUUACACAUGCGCGUUUAAGUAUGCGCAAUUAACUGUACAUUUAUUCCGCAAUAUACUCAAACCAUUUGACUUCAUCUAUAUCUAUUGCAUGAUUUCUCAGUUAUGAUUUCCGUUUUUUUUUCUUUAUAAUUAUCACAACUUGAUUAGUUAAUAUUUAAGAUAUUAAUGUGUGUAUAUUUGAUUUGUGUGCAAAGGGCGUGUCGUUUUGAUCGUCUGAAAUAACUAUACCCUCAAUAAAUGGUCAAUAAAAUUUAGGUUUCAAUGAAAAUAACAAAAUGAAUGUAUUUAUUUGUAAAAUGCAUAUAGAUUCAACAGUUUAGAUGCAUUUUCUCACAUUGUUCAUUUGACAUAUAAUUAUUAUGCCCCCCUACGAAGAAGAGGGGGUAUAUUGUUUUGCUCAUGUCGGUCGGUCCGUCCACCAGUUUUCGGAUGAUAACUCAAGAACGCUUUGGCAUAUGAUCAUGAAACUUCAUAGGUAGAUUGACCAUGUCUGGCAGAUGACCCCUAUUGAUUUUCAGGUCAAAGGUCAAGGUCACAGUGACUCAAAAUAGUAAAAUGGUUUCCGGAUGAUACCUCAAGAACAUUUUGGCUUAGGAUCAUGAAACUUCAAAGGUACAUUGACCAUGACUUACAGAUGACCCCUAUUGAAUUUGAGGUCAAAGGUCACGGUGGCCCAAAAUAGUAAAAUGGUUUCCGGAUGAUAACUCAAGAACGCUUACGCCUAGGAUCAUGAAACUUCAUAGAUACAUUGAUCAUGACUCACAGAUGACCCCUAUUGAUCUUGAGGUCACUAGGUCAAAGGUCAAGGUCACGGUGAACCGAAAUAGUAAAAUGGUUUACGGCUGAUAACUCAAGAACGCUUAAGCCUAGGAUCAUGAAACUUCAUUGGUACAUUGAUCAAGACUCGCAGUUAACCCCUAUUGAUUUUCAGGUCACUAGGUCAAAGGUCAAGGUCACUGUGACCCGAAACAUUAAAAUCGUUUCCGGAUGAUAAUUCAAGAAUGCUUACGCCUAGGAUCACGAAACUUGAUAGGUACAUUGAUCAUGACUUGCAGAUGAUCCUAUUGAUUUUAAGGUCAAGGUCACGGUGACCCGAAACAGUAAAAUGGUUUCCGGAUGAUAAUUCAAGAACGCUUAUGCCUAGGAUCAUGAAACUUCAUAGGUACGUUAAUCAUGAUUCGCAGAUGAUCCCUAUUGAUUUCAAGUCACUAGGUCAAAGAUCAAAGUCACGGUGACUCAACUUAGAAAAAUGGUUUCCGGAUGAUAACUCACUGAUAAUUCAAGAACGCAUAUGCCAAUGAUCAUGAAACUUUAUAGGUACAUUGAUCAUGACUCGCAGAUGAACGCUAUUGACUUUCAGGUCACUUGGUCAAAGGUCAAGGUCACGGUUACUCGGACACAGUUAAAUGGUUUCCGGAUGAUGUCUCAAGAAUGGCAGAUGACCCCUAUUGAUUUUCAGGUCACUACGUCAAAGGUCAAGGUCACAGUGACAAAAAACGUAUUCACACCAUGGCUGCCACUACAACUGACAGCCCAUAUUGGGGGCAUGCAUGUUUUACAAACAGCCCUUGUUUUUAAUUAAUUACGAGUAAUCAGUUGUUUCGGAUUGUUUAUUGUGUGAGCUUUUUGUUGCUUAUAUUGUAUAAUACUAAAGAUUAUUAAACACCAUUCAAUAGUUAAA